AAAAAAACACUACAUAAAAAAAAAAAAAAAACGUAGUUUUAAGAAUAACUGCAUACCAGACUAAAAGAAAAUAUAACACAAAUAAAACUCUAAUUCUAUUUUCAUCUCAACCUAACAGCCUCCACCCUCUCUCAACUCAAGCCUCCACCCUCACAAACCCUCUUUGCAGUCGCCAAAACUUGCUGUCUUGCCGUCGCCCUUGCUGCCGUCCCCUCUGCCGUUGCUGCCGUCCCCUCUGCCGUUGCUGCCAUCGCCGUCGCCCAAGCUGCCGUCGCCGUCGCCCUUGCUGCGGUCGCCUCUCCCCUCUCGCCAGUCAGAGCUAUAAAAAGAUUAAGCAGCUGCAGCAAAGAUGAAAUUGAAUGUGGACGUUUUAAGAUAUCUUUCCAAAGAUGAUUUUAGGGUUCUCACUGCUGUUGAGAUGGGCAUGAGGAAUCAUGAAAUUGUACCUUCGGAGCUCAUCGACCGUAUAGCUUCUCUCAAACAUGGAGGCACCUAUAAGGUUUUAAAAAACUUGCUCAAGCAUAAGCUGCUGCACCAUGAUUCUUCCAAAUAUGAUGGGUUUCGCCUGACCUACCUCGGCUAUGAUUUCCUUGCUAUUAAAACGAUGGUCAAUCGUGGAGUAUUUGCAGCUGUUGGUCGUCAAAUAGGAGUUGGCAAAGAGUCUGAUAUAUUUGAGGUUGCUACAGAAGAUGGUACAGUAUUGGCGAUGAAGUUGCAUAGACUUGGCAGAGUUUCUUUCAGGGCUGUCAAAUCUAAGCGUGACUACUUGAGACAUCGCAGUAGUUAUAAUUGGCUCUACUUAUCACGACUUGCUGCGCUUAAAGAAUUUGCUUUUAUGAAGGCUUUGGAAGAACAUGGUUUUCCCGUUCCAAAUGCUGUGGACUGUAACAGGCAUUGUGUGAUUAUGUCACUUGUCCAAGGCUACCCGCUUGUGCAGGUGAAGCAAUUGCAAAAUCCAGAAACAGUUUUUGAAACAAUUCUUGGUCUUGUUAUUCGUCUGGCAGAACAUGGUCUCAUUCACUGUGAUUUCAAUGAAUUUAACAUCAUGAUUGAUGAUGAUGAGAAGGUUACCAUGAUUGAUUUUCCCCAGAUGGUCUCCGUUUCACAUCGAAAUGCUCAAAUGUAUUUCGACCGUGAUGUUGAAUGCAUCUUUAAGUUUUUUAGAAAGAGAUUUAACCUAUCCUUUCAAGAAAAUGCAGAUGAAAAUGAUGAUUCUGAGGUAGAUGCAGACGAAUCUGGCAGACCUUCUUUUUCUUCUAUUUCUAAGACUUCGGGUUAUCUGGACAAGGAACUUGCUGCCAGUGGGUUUACAAGGAAAGAUCAAGAUCACAUUGAGAAAUUCAUUGAAGGUGAUGUUGAGAAGGAUUCAGGUUCUGACAGUGAAGGAGCUGAAAAUGAAGAACAUGUUGCUGAGUUGAAUGAAACAGCCCUCAGGAGUUUAGAUUCUUUGCACCUGCAGGAGCAGGAAGAAUGUGCUUCUGGAUCUGAUAAAGAGGACAAAGUAGAUGAGCUUCAUCAAAUCUGUGAAGCCGACAAACAUAAUGGGUCUGAAGCACAAGAAGUGAGCGGCAAGGAGGAAGAUGGUGAGACAGUAGAUGAAAAUGAUCCUGAACUGAUGAAGAGUCUCAACAAGCAGAGAAGACGAGCCAUAGCAGCAGCUCGUGGGGGACGGAGGAAUCUUGCCUCCAGAAAUUCCUAUAAAGACAAGGGUGGCAGAUCCUCUCAUAACUCAAAGAUUCAGAAACAGUUGAGCGGCUGGUGAGCUAUGCAAAUUCAGAAACAGUAGUCUCAGAUAGAGCUUCGAGUUGAGUCUGCGGCAAUAUGUAUUAUAAGGAAGAGAUCAUUGAGACACGGCAAUGGAAACAGGCAAAUAGGAAGCAGUCCAGACAAAAGUUAAAAGGCAUGAACUGGAUUUGUAGUUUUUCAUGUUUUCUGCCUGGAAGAGUUGAAUCAUAAGCUUGUUUUAUUUAUAUAUUAGGGUUAAGGUAGAUAAGAAUUUUUGUGAUAUAGAAAUAGGAAAUAUCCUGCUGUAAGAUAUUAAUCAUUACAUAAUGUUUUUCUGUUUGCUUUGA